GUUAACGGCACCGAGGUUGAAGAGUUCGCCCUAGACAGCAGCAGCCCCGGGAGACUACAGCUAUGGAGACGUGUAGCGGAGCAGCACGCUAGGCCCACUUCCGCCAGCUUUACCGCCCACUUCCUGGGUGUGAUCUCUGGAGCCCAUUCCACUUCCUGUGCGUUUAGAGCACAUCCGCCCUGUGUCUUUAUCUGUGAUCAGCGGCAUCAUGAGCGGCCUGGACCCGCGCAGGAUGAAAGUGACGGAGCUGCGAGCUGAGCUGCAGCGUAGGGGCCUGGAUUGCAAGGGACUGAAGGCUGAGCUGAGCGAUCGGCUGCAGGAAGCGCUGGACUCCGAGUUGCUGGGCGGAGAGGAGGAGAGGGCGCCGGGCAGCAUGGAGGAGGAGACGGAGUUAGAGCGAGCCCUCGAUCUCGGGGAGGGGGAAGACGACGAGGACGCUGCAACAGCCGAAGAGCAGCUGGAGGAUGAGGAGGACGAGGCCGCGCACAACCAGCCCGGCAACGAGGAAGAGUGCGCCGCUUUGGCGGCCGACGCGGUGGCUCCACCUGCUGGAGAGGCCGCGGGAAACCUGAAUGGAGCCGCGAAGAAGCAGGCCGGAGACAAGGCGGGAGAUGGACCCAAAGACAAGAAGGAAAAGCAGUCCAACAACCCCGGGGCAGCCCGCCAGGGUGUGAAGAGGGUGCGAGAGGAGGAGCAGCGGGGGCGCACAUUCCAUGAAUACAAAGAGGAAGGCUAUUAUAGUCGGUCCAAAUCCCCCGUACCCACUGAGGAGGCUGCAGAUGAAGUGGAGGACAGCGUGCUAUGCCUCGAUAAAUCUACCUGUGAUCUACAGUUUAAAAUGGAUAAGGACCGCUUUGGUGGGAGACCUCUGUUUUCUGAGAAAUUCCCUUCUCUGUGGUCAGGGUCUCGAGCAACUCACGGCGUGACAAAGGGAAAGGCCUAUUUUGAAGUCAAGGUGACUGAGAAUCUCCCUGUGAAGGAGGGCAGUACAGAAUCCCCUUUAGUUCGCGUGGGCUGGUCUGUGAGCCGCUCCGCUCCUCAGCUAGGUGAAGAUGACUUGUCCUUUGGUUAUGACUCCCGUGGGCUCAAGGUCACCAGUGCACACUUUGAUUCCUAUGGGGAAUCAUUUGAAGUGAAUGAUGUGAUUGGCUGCCUGGCUAACCUUGAAGCUGACCCAGUGGAGAUAUCCUUCUCUAAGAAUGGCACUGAUUUGGGUCAGGCUUUUAUUGUGGCUAAAAGUUCUUUGGGGGAGCAAGCACUACUGCCCCGUAUUUUGUGCAAAGGCUGCACUUUCCAGGUUAAUUUUGGACAAAAAGAGGAACCCUGGCAUCAACCACCAGAUGGCUUCUCGUUUCUAAAAGAAUUCCAGUCUGAGGACCUGACAAGGACACCUAUUCCACCUAAAACUGCAGAAGAGUGUCAGGUUUUACUGAUGAUUGGUCUCCCAGGCACUGGUAAAACCACUUGGGCCAAAAAGCAUUGUGAAGACAACCCAGAAAAGCGAUUCCAGCAUCUUUCUACAGAAGCAUUAAUCUCUCAAUUAAAGACAUCUGGUCCGGAUGCCCCAGAGCAAGACCAAAAAGCUAAAGAUAAUCUUGUGCAGUUGGCAACCAAAUGCCUAAUCAGACUGAUACCGGUGGCUGCACGCAGACAUGGGAAUUACAUAAUUGAUCAGUGCACAGUCUAUAGCUCAGCUCAGCGCAGGAAGAUGCACUGUUUUAAGGGGUUUCAGCGUAAAGCCGUUGUCCUGGUCCUGAAAGAUGAUGAAUGGAAGAAAAGGUUGGAGUCUCGCAAGGAGAAGGAGGAAGAGAUUGUUCCUGACUAUGUGCUCCUGGAAAUGAAAGCUAACUUCGUGAUACCUACAAAGAGUGAAUUUCUAGAGGAUGUUGUCUAUGCGGAGCUUGCUCAGGAAGAAGCUGAUUCUUUGGUAGCUGAAGCUAAGAAAGAAGCACGUCAGAAGCUACCUACCAAUGACAAGAGGGGAAAUCGCAUGCCGAAGCGGGCUCGCACAGAACGAGGACGAGGAGGCGGGAACUUCCAGCAACAAAGGAACUUCAACAAUCGUAUGUACAUGCACCACUCCAGGCCACAACCCUAUCACCAGCAGCCACCACGGCAAUACUGGGGACCCCAAAGAGGAGGGGGUUACCAGAAUUACUAUGAUCGUUAUUCUGACCAGCAAAAUAGAUACUAUGGACAACCGAACUACAGACCACAAAACAGGGGAGGGCAGUGGCAGAACUACAAUGACAGAUCACAAUACUGGGAUUACUAUGGCGGAUAUCGUGGAUAUCGGUGAAAAUUCAUGACGCAGGGGAAGGCAGCACGGGGGGCUUGGAUUGUAUAUUUUUCUUUUUUUUUUCUACAUUAAAACAAAAAGCAAAAAACCUUUUGUGAAGAAAGUGCAGCGCAUGUAAAGGGUCAUGAACUUGAUCUCCUUUCAACGUGUGUGUGUUUUUUGUCAAGCUUAGAAAACCUUGUGAGGUGUUGCAGAAAUGUCCCUCCUAGGACAUCUUGUGACAGACACCUGUGUGAAUGUCCAAACAGAGGGCUCCGUCCUGCCCUGCAUCCUCCUGCUUAGCUGGGAGUAAUAUGCAGUAAUUUUUACUUCCGUCUCAUUAUAACCCUGUAACCUUUUUAAUUUUUAUGCCAAGAAACAUUUUUAAGAAAUAAAAUUUGUGUGAUGUCA